AUGUCCCGUUCGAGGUCUUCGUCGUCUUGCUUUGGGGCCAAGAAGCAGAGGCUUGACGACGAAGCCUCCUCGAAUAAGAUGAUUGUCCCACGGAACGGGCUUGAGGCACCUGGCGUCAUCCGUCGAGAAAUGUGUUACUACUGUUUAGAUGUGUUACACCGUCACCUUUAUAAAGCUGAUCCCCCGAAACCCCCGAUCACAUUCCCCAACGCUCCUUAUGUUUCUGAUACGGGUCUUGAUGGUCUUCAGUCCGCUUUUUGUCACGUGGACCCAUGGAAAAGACGAAAACUUACGAGGGUGCGUUGGAACGUUCAAUGCCUUGAAUAUUCAUCACGGCUUGCGGGAGUACGCCAUUACAAGGUAAGUUGUCUGUCAGCCAUCUCAUUGACGGAAAGUGCAAUGAGGGACAGUCGGUUUGCUCCAAUCACGGAGGACGAGUUUCCGCAUUUAACCUGUUCGGUUUCACUACUGCUGCAUUUCGAAGAGGGAAAGCAUUACCAAGAUUGGCAGAGUAUUAAUCGUUCAGCUGUAGCGUUCUUUCGAUACCUAGCUGCCAUGCCACCCGAAGGAAGCACGAGGGCUGGGAUACUGUCAGGUUGCCCAAGCCUAGACAGGGGAAGUCGAGAGGCAGAGGUCGGGUUCGAACCACGGACCUUUCGGUCAGUAAAUUCACGCUCUAACCACUUGAGUCAUCUCUCCACUAGUAACGGAAGCUGA